GUGUUCGGACAGCUCCGCAGAUGUCAACAAAAGAGGAUAAGGAAGUCGAAGACAACAAAAUGUCUUUUGAAGACCUAAGAAAGCGGGCUAGACAGCUCGAAAGUGAAAUAGAUAUGAAAUUGGUGUCCUUUAGCAGGAUAGCAGCAAGUUAUGGAUCCAAUGCGGCUAACAACACUAACAGCGAGACAGUGGCCCUUUUGUCCGGAGACCAAAUGUAUGAGACUAUUUCUGUGGAGCUUGAGCAGCUAUUGGCAUCACUAACAGACGUAAAUGAGAGAAUGAACAAUUGUACCCAUGGGUCGAAUGUUGCAACGAUACACACCUUGCAGCGGCAUAGAGAUAUUCUCCAGGACUACACCCAUGAAUUCCAGCGUACCAACAAUGCCAUUACUGCAAGACAGGAACGUGAGCAAUUACUAGGUGGAGGAAGGAACGAUGGUAAGACUCUGGCUGGAUUAUCCCGACGUGACUUGUACAUUAAGGAAGCUGAACAUAUGAACAAUUCUGAACGCAUGGUUGAUGAGCAAAUUUCUAUUGCUGUGGAAACCAGAGAUCAUCUCAAAAGCCAGCGGGAAGCUUUCAAGAUGAUACAGACCAAAGUUAAUGAUCUAUCCAAUAGGUUUCCUCUUAUCAAUACACUUAUGACUAAAAUUAAUAUCCGAAAAAGACGUGAUAGUCUUAUCCUUGGAACUGUGAUUGGACUUUGUCUAACCUUUAUGCUGUGGUGGAUGUUUUUCUAGCAACUGCAUUCCAUAUGACCGGAGAUAAAUGUGUAAUGAUAUGCAUUAAAGUUUUUUAAUAGUUGCUGCAUUGAAAUAGGCAUUGAUAAGUCUGCAUGUAUAACAUUUUAUAACUUAAUAUACACAGUUUUAUUGUGAGCAUGAUGUAAAUUGUUAAUUGGAAAUAUUAUUGUAUAAACUAUUGAGAUAGAUAUCAAUACAUAAUGGUCAAAUUCUGUACAGAGGACUUUAUGUGAAGUAUACAAAUAAGAUUGAUAUAUAGCAGGGUUUGAUCAACAUUUUGAGUUGUUUUUAUCAAACACUUAUAAGUGUUUUGUAUUUUACUUUUUGUAUUCAUGUGCAUUUCAUUUGAAACUCACAUAUACAAUAGUUAAAGCAUGUAUGUUUUUUUUUUUUUUUUUUUUUUUUUUUUUUUGUAUUUUCUCCAGUUAAGACAAAUACAUAUACAGAAAGCAGAGCUGUAAGUAUAUUUGUAAAGUGAACAGUAUCCAGAAUUUUCAAAAGGAUAGCCAGUACACAGUAUGCUUUUGAGGUUGAUAUAUAUUUCUAGUAUUAUUUCUCAAGGAAAAUGUGUUUAGACUUGCUCUUUUCUUAAUCAUUGAGUUGUGAAAGGUUUGUGUGAAUUCAGAUAAAAAACAAAUGCCUCUUUUAUGCUUCAAGAUGUUUAAGAUAAUUUUUCUUACAGAGAUGAUACAUUAAAAACAGUAGAUUCUGAAUAAGGAUGAAGUGACUUGCACCAGUAUGUGAUGUUUAUCAUUUUUUAUGUCAAAUUAUUCACAUUUUCUUUAUUUUAGAGGUUUUUGUUUGGCAGUGAAUAAAUUGAGCACAAAGAGUUAAGGAGAAUUCACACAUAUAGAGUAGAUUUCUCUUGUGUGAGGGAGAAUAAUAUUCAUUUUAAUCCUUUGUAUGCAGAUAUAGGUACUAUCCAUUGUGGAUUUUAUUACUCACAAAUGGCCCUACAAGUUUUCAGCCACCAGGGAGCCAAUUAGUAGCCCAACAUAACCUUGGCUGAUUUCCCCAUUCCUUGAAUUUUCAGGAUUUUUCUUAUGUUUAAGGCUGUUAAAAUUGAUACUGAUAUUAUUAUUAUUGACGUUAUCAUUAUUAUAAUGUUAUUAAAAGACUAAUUGCAGUAAAAAGUAAAAUAGAAUCUUUCUGAAAAUCAAGGAGAUGGGUAAGUGAGAUAGGUAGGACUAGUAAUUGACUCCUUAGUAACUAAGUUCUUGGAGCCAUAUAUGUGUAAACAAAAUAAUUAAAUUAAAAUUACAGUUUUGUUUGCAGUAUUUGAGACUUGAAUGUUCAUAUAUAAUACUAAAAUUUGAGUGCUUAUGAAGGUUCAGAACUCUUAUUUGUGUAAGGAGUGCCAUUUUGAUUUUUACAUUUUUCAUGAAUAACAAAAAUUAUACACUUUGUUACUAAAUGUUAUUUAUUCAAAUGCUGAAAAUCAUUUAUCUAUGUGGUAAUUUGUGUACAAAAAUGCUAAAAUAUUAUUUAUCUAUAUAGAAAUGUGUGUAAAAGAAUAUCUAUCAGUGUAGAAACAUGUGUACAUGAAUAAAUCAGUUUCCAGUUUUAUGUGAUAAUUCAGAUUCUGUUUAUGUUUUCCAUUAGAUUUAUUACUGACAUUGUGCUAUUACUAUUUUGGUAAGUUUGUUAUUUGAUUAUAUAUGAUUAAAGUAAAACUUACUUUUA